CACACGAGUAAAGGAGCUACACCUCUCCUCCUCCUUCUCCUUAACCUCCUCCUUCCCCGUCCUAGCUUCCUUUCUCUCUCACUUCACUCCAUUCAGGGAACUCGGCCUGGUAGCGACUGUCCCACUGAGUCCUCUCUUUCUCUGUGCUUCGUACCUCACUCUCCAUCCAUCAGUACCUUGUUCUGCUAUUAAGCUUGCGAAGAAAAGUCUCACGCUUAUGGAGGCAGCGUUAAUGCUGAAGUUCAAGUCUCUUAGUUUCAGAACUCAGCCAUGAAAUUUCACCGGACUUGAUUUUUUUGAUUCAUCUUUCACCCACCUCGGAUUCUGAAUUCAGACUCAUUCCUUGUCUUUCUAUUUUGGAGCUGUUGUCCGAGGUGUGUGAGCCAGCCGCCAUGGGUUCAGACGUACGCGACCUCAACACACUCUUGUCUCCAGUGCCGGCCUUGCCAGCAGGGAACGGGAACUGCCCUCUGCCUGUCAGCAAUGCCCCUCAGUGGGCACCCGUGCUGGAUUUCCAUACUGGUGCCCCCUACAGUUCACUGGGCUCACACUCCUUUAUCAAGCAAGAACCCACCUGGGGGUCCACAGACCCCCAUGAGGACCCACACUGUGGCAUCAGCGCUUUCACCGUCCACUUCUCAGGACAGUUCACAGGUAGCGGGGCGUGCAGGUACGGUGCAUUCGGAGCACCCACACCGAACCAGACUCCCUCGAGCCAAAGCCGGAUGUUCAGUAACGGGCCGUAUCUGUCCAACUGCAUGGACGGCCAGACGGGAUCCAGGAACCAGGGUUACAGUGCAGUUUCCUUCGACGGAGCCACGAAUUACGGACACACGCCGUCGCACCACGCCUCGCAGUUCCCCAACCACCCCUUCAAGCAUGAAGACGCCAUCCCGCAGCAAAGCAACAUGGGUGAGCAGCAGUAUCCCGUUCCUCCACCUGUUUACGGCUGCCACACGCCGUCCGAGAGCUGUACAGGGAGCCAAGCCCUGCUCCUGAGAAACCCUUACAACAGCAGUGACAAUUUAUACCAAAUGGCGUCCCAGUUUGAGUGCAUGGCCUGGAACCCUGUCAACACGCUGGCAUCCAGCAUCAAGAGUCAUACACCGGGUUAUGAGAAUGACCCGAGCACGCCCAUGGUGUACAGCUGCAGUACCCAGUACCGAAUACACACCCAUGGAGUCUUCAGAGGCAUUCAGGAUGUCAGAAGAGUCCCAGGCAUCGCUCCUGCCAUCGUGCGCUCCGACACCAACGAGAAGCGGCCGUUCAUGUGUGCUUACCCGGGAUGCAACAAGCGCUACUUCAAACUCUCCCACUUACAAAUGCACAGUCGCAAACAUACAGGAGAAAAGCCGUACCAGUGCGACUUCACAGACUGUGGCCGGAGAUUUUCCCGGUCGGACCAGCUGAAGAGACAUCAGAGGAGACAUACAGGCGUUAAACCUUUCCAGUGUGAGACAUGUCAGAGAAAGUUCUCACGGUCAGACCACCUUAAGACCCACAGCCGGACUCAUACAGGUAAAACAAGUGAGAAGCCAUUUAAUUGCAGGUGGCCAAACUGCCAGAAGAAGUUUGCCCGAUCUGAUGAAUUAGUCCGGCACCACAACAUGCACCAGAGGAACCUGACCAAACUUCAGCUGGCCAUCUAAAGACCCUGCUGUAACGAAAGCUGCUUCUGCUGUCAGAUAUAUUCCAGUCCUGCAGGUCUCGCCUCUGCAUGUUUGGCUCUGAAAGAGCUCGUGAAGACCCUGGUAUUUAGUUCAUGAAUUAAAAUAUAUAUAUAUACAGCAAUCUGCAGUGUUUGCAGCCUACAGUGUCUCUCUGACCGGAGAUUGAACUUACUUCACUCGCCCAAAGUGUUAUAUUAUUUUAAAAACACCUUGUGAACGUGUGUAUUUGACAUAUGAUAAGAUUCGGAUGAUUCAAAUCUCGAGAACACUGUUGCUAGGCAACAGGGAAACAUGGCAGGCGAGCAUAAUGCCAGCUAAUGACUCAGGCUGUGAUUUAGCUAGCUGGCAUGUAGCCGUUCGGGCUUUCUGAAAGGUUGAAAAUGCACAGUGAGAGCAAAACCCAGAUAAAAAUGUCUAAAAUAUAAACAUCUUCCUUAGAAUUCUUGGCAGUUUAGGACAAAAAGGCUCAGUAAAAUUAUAAUGUGAUUACACACAACACCACAAACAGAACUUCCAUGGAUUCCAUCACGCUGAGAAAUUUCGACACGGGUGGACAAAAAAAAAUCGCAAAUCUGGUCUCUUAGCCUACUGGCCAAAUAUCUUAUGUUUUAAAUGCGCAAUAAUGCUAGAGUUAUGUUAUAAUAAACUAACAAAAUUAGGUGGUGGAAUUCAGAGAGAUUCUUUUUUUUUUUUAGCCUUCCACAAGAAGAAAUAAAAAGGACAUAAAAAAGGCGCCUGUUAGGAAAGAAAAGUUUUUGUUUGUGUUCUAAAAUAAACAUUGUUGUGGUCAGAAAAUUGCCGAAUAUCAACUAUGAUGACCUGUGUAAAUGGUUGUAUUUUUUGGACCCUGUAAACACUUAAAAAGAAUUUAUGUCAAAUUUCAUAUGUCAAGGUUAAAACCUAAUAUCCGGGUCAAUCAGCUUAGCUUGUGGUUCAGCCCUCUCUCUACAUCAUCAGAAAAUUUUCAGAAAAUUUUAAAGCAUUAAGUAGAAGAAAAAGCGCUGUUCAUGUGAGCAAACAGCCUUGUUUAAAUAUUCAUUAUUUCUUCUUAUUGUAAUCGUUUUGAUUUGGGCAGCGGAAGAUAGUCUUAGAAGGGCACUUAGACACCACGGCGCAACUCUACGGACACUUCAGUACCAGCACUGGAUGCCCCUUUUACCCCAGAGGCCGUGACCAUGCCCUCACUAGUGCUGUCGAGAUGUAUAAUAAUACCUGCACGUUAUAUUCACCAUGCUAUCUCCUAGGAAUUGUUAGACUAAUUUAUUACUUUUUUUUCUUGUAAAUUAAGAUCUCUUUUCUUUAAUAAACCGAGCAAUCCUUUCCUCCCACGUAUCCAGAAGCCCACUUCAUUAUAUCAUGACUCCAGUGUUUGUAUUCAUGGACCAGUCAUAAAGGUUUAACCCCUGAAGCUUUUGUCUGUCUGCUCUGUAAAUAGUGUCUCUCUGUAACCAUCAGGAGUUAAAUUAUGAGUAGGUCACACUGGCUAUGUGACUGUGGUUUGUGGUCAAGUUGUAAAUAUUGCUGUCGCUCCACAUCUGGAACAAGAAAUAAAUACUUCAUUUUGUUUUGUUUCUUUUUUUCUUUUUUUGCGGAAAAUGUGACUCACAUUAGCAAAAGACAGGAAAUGUGAAAACUACUCGGAUGGGAUCGUUCUGUUCCUUAAACUGUGUGUAAUCUGUAUCAUAUGAUUAUAUGCAGUAUGCUAUUGAUAACCUUUUUUAUAAUUAAAUGUUGAUGCCAGACAAAA